AUGGUCCAGAACGCAGCAGCUCAAGUUCUGACCAGAACAACACCAACAACUGCAGCACCAACAACCACAACCACAGCACCAACAACUGUAUCAUCAACAAUUGUACCACCAACAACUGCAGCACCAACAACUGCAGCGCCAAUAACCACAACUACAAAACAAUCAACCGCAGCACCAACAACUGUAGCAUCAACAACUACAGCACCGACCAUUGCAACUGCAGUUUCAACCACAACUGCAGCACCAGCAACCACAGCAACAACAACCGCAGUACCAACAACUGUAGCACCAAUGACAACAACUGCAGCACCAUCAACUGUAGUAUCAACAACCACAAAUGCAGCAUCAAUAACAACAACAUUAGUUACAGCACCAACAACCAUAACCACAGCACCAACAACCAUAACUUCAGCACUAACAACCACAGCUGCAGCACCACCAACUGUAAAACCAACAACUACAGCAUCAACAACGGCAGCACCAACAGCCACAACUACAGCACCAACACCUGCAGCAUCAACAACUGGAGCAUCAACAACUACCGCACCAUCAACUGCAGCACCAACAACCACAACCACAGCAUCAACAACUGCAUUACCAACAACUGUAGCACCAACAACCACAGCUGCUGCACCAACUGUAGCACCAACAACCACAGCUGCAGCACCAACAACUGCAAAUGCAGCACCAACAGAUACAGCACCAACAUCCACAACCACAGCACCAACUACUGCAGCACCAGCAACUGGAAAUACAGCACCAACAACUGCAGCAUCAACAACUGCAGCACCAACAACUGUAGCACCAACAACAACAACUGCAGCAUCAAUUGCAACACCAACAACUGUAGCACCAACAACUGCAGCACCAACAACUACACUACCAACCAUCGCAACUGCAGUUUCAACCACAACUGCAGCACCAGCAACCUUAACUACAGCAUCAACAACUGCAGCACCAACAACUGUAGCACCACCAACAACAACUGCAGCAUCAAUUGCAACACCAACAACUGUAGCAUCAACAACUGCAGCAUCAAUUGCAACACCAACAACUGUAGCACCAACAACUGCAGCAUCAAUUGCAACACCAACAACUGUAGCACCAACAACUGCAGCACCAACCAUCACAACUGCAGUUUCAACCACAACUGCAGCACCAACUACUGCAGUACCAACAAUCACAGCUGCACCAACAACUGCAGCACCAACCAUCACAAAUGCAGUUUCAACUGCAACUGCAACACCAACUACUGAAGUACCAACAAUUGUAGCACCAACAUCCACAGCUGCACCAACUACUGCAGCACCAACAACUACAGCACCAUCAAAUGCGGCGCCAACAACUGUAGCACCAUCAACUGCAGCACCAACAACUGUAGCACCAACUACUGUAGCACCAACCAUCACAACUGCAGUUUCAACCGCAACUGCAGCACCAACUACUGCAGUACCAACACCUAUAGCACUAUCAAAUGCAGCGCCAACAACUGUGACACUAGCAACCACCACACCUGAAGUUCCAACUACCACUCCCCAAAUGACUCCAACUCUUUCAACACCCGUGGUGCAAGGUAUGUGAAAUCAAAAAACAACAGAUAUAUUGUAUUACUUUCUAUUUGAUAUACAGAAAAACUUUAAGCAUUCUUGUUUU